GUGUUGUCAAUCAGCCGAGUUACGUGUCGGGGAACAUCAUUGGGUAAAUAGGACACAGCUCUCCGUUGUGUUCUUGCGUCCCGCCAAGUUGUUGUUUGUAUGUGCCUCAAGCUGUUGCAUAUCGGCUCGAGUGCUUUUUCAGGACCUUCAUUCGACCAGCGAUCCCAAAUCUCGACUUCCUGUGACCCUCUGCACGCACACAAAUGGAGAGUGGAGUCUUGUAGCAAAUGCAUUAAAGAAGUCAAAGGGGGAUUCUGGAGACCAAUCAGAAUCUCAUGACUGAUCUGGAUGCUUGUGAAACGGGAAGCCAACUGUCGGAUCCUGAUCAACAAACCUCAGCUGAUCAGAAUGCGCCUUCGCUCCCCCUGCGCCUCUUAUCGUCUCGCGACUGUCUUUCUCCGCGCUUUACCGUUGGGUCGCUCCUUCAAUGGCCUCGCUGCUGUCCUGGCUCUUCACACUCUCAUUUUACACUCUCUGUGCGCUUUCGGGGACCGCGACCAUAGACGACGAGCUGGGCGACUCGCGUACGGGGGUCAAGCCGGUAUACAUCCCGGCCGAUAAGUGGUGGCUAAACACGAACUGCCUGACAUGCACGGACUCGCUCGUGGUGGAUAACCUGUUUGCGCAGACAUGGCACGAUGGGCUUCAGGCCGUCCAGGGAACACCCGUUUCCCUUUCACUCUCUUUCACCGGGACGGGAAUAUCGGUGAUGUGUGCUGCGAUUGACCUCGGGCCACGCACGGACAUUGUUACGCCCAUGGACCUCGCAUUUACGCUCGAUGGCCAGCCCCACGGGACGUAUCUGUAUCCGCAAACCGGGAAGGCUGUUUAUGUUUACAACGUGACGGUGUUCAGCGUGUCUGGGCUCCCACAGGCGGACCAUACGGUGACGUUGACGACGAAUAAUGCGAAUACGGGAUCCAGGAUGUUUUUCGACUGGGCGCAGUACACGUUCGAUGACCUACCGGCGACCUCGUCGAUUUUGUCCGCGUCUCGCGCCACGGCGGUCGUAGUUUCGACUCAAGUUACGACAAGCACUGCGACGGCCGUGAGCACCGCAGUGAUCGACACAUUGUCCAGCACAGGGAGCACGGACACCGUACUCCAGAGCUCGACUUCAGUAGCAUCUGCCAUUCCCCAAUCACCUAGCAGCGUCAACAUGUUGUCGCAUGAGUCUCAAUCAACGCCAUCAUCUUCCGCGUCGUCCUCUGCAUCAUCCGCCACUGUUUCGAGCACUCUUCUUCCCACCGCAUCCACGGGUACUUCACCCGAAGUGUCUCCGCCCGCCACCGGCAUUCGCCGGAAAAAUACCAGCAUGAUCGGCGUCGUUAUCGCCGUCUGCAUCUCCGUCGUCGCACUUGCGGCCAUCUUUCUUUGUAUGCGAUACCGUCGCCACCGCACUCGCAGGACAUCCACGGAGGAUCAGGAACGCACACCUGUUCCGUACACCACUGUCCAAUUGCACAGCGCCGGGUCUCUCCAGUCCCUGCUGUUGCCGAAUCGCCUGGGCUCGGGCUCAGCCUCGGCCGGCGGCACGCACCUCCCAUCUGCACUGGCAUCCACAGCGGAUGUUGAUAGUGGCUCAAUGUUGGAUCCACCGCCUUCGUACGCUGAACGUAUGUCGUCGCACGUAGUGGUGACAUCGCCUGCCCUCGGAGAUCGGGGGGCUCCGUUUGAGAUGAGGAAACCCGGCUGAGUUUUUCACCUUUCAGUGGCACUUGACAAAGAUUUUUUUUUUGAAUUGCUACGUUCAAAUUAGUUAUGCACAAACC